GUCGUCAAUGGCGGAAGUAUCCCGAUUCUGUACGUUUUUUUCUCUCCCCGAAACAAUAAUAAUAUUCACAUUUAAACGCUGCUACAAUUUUGUUUCAAGUGAUAUAUCUUCCGUGGGGUUAAUUUGAAUGAUUUCUUUUAAAAAAACGCUGUCGCUCAUAAACUCAUGAAUACCGCGGUGCACACCUGCAGUUGUGCAAAGUCCAAAUUACGAUCCUAGCUGCCUGGUUCAAUUAUGAAUUCUGCCUGAGUAACAACAUGUUUACCUGUCUUGCUGUAAUGUUACAAUUCGAUUAAGGGUGAACCAAUAGCGACAAGAGAAUGCAGUUCUUAAUUUUAUGGUUUAAAAAUACCCAGGAAGUGCCCGCAUUCACCAAGAAGAUUACGUUAGGGUUAUGUAAUUCUUGGUGUGAAACUUCAGAAACACUCCAGUGUGGUAAUAAACAACUCACAUUUUUAAUGAUUAAUUAUUUUAUGAUCAAUUCAGUGGGAUGUCUAAGUGUUGGGAGAAGAACUGAGGGAUAUUAUUGGGAACACUCACCACACAACUCCUCUGCCAACUUGACAAAAUUUCCUGACGAGUUGCGUGAUUGAAGACAAGCUGCCGCAGUCAUGGAUGAGGAGCUGUCACCUUUGGACUGCUUGCUGCCCUCAGGCAAACAGAGGAUCGCUCUGAUCAUCCUGAACCAGCCUUUGGAUAAGGACUACCUUCACAUUCUGUGGAGUAAAGCUCUUUUGACAGCAUGUGCUGAUGGUGCUGCCAAUCACCUGUAUAACAUCACUGCUGGAGAACGUGACAUUAAUGCUUGUUGGCUAGCCAAGGCAGAGGUGUGUUCAAUGGAAUAUGUGCACCAACCAGCACCCGGAAGCACCUUCAAUCUUGUCAGUGAUCGGCAAAUUAGCUUCAGCUUCCGCCCCGACUAUAUCAGCGGUGAUUUCGAUUCCAUUACUGCCGAGGUGCGAGCUUUCUAUGCCAACAAGGGGUCCCGGCUGAUAGAAACAAGUGACCAGGAUCUUACAGACUACACUAAGUGUCUGGUCAUCAUGGUGGAGGAGAUUCAACAAAGGAAUUUGCAGGUGGAUGCCAUCGUGACACUGGGCGGGUUGGGGGGCAGAUUUGACCAGACGAUGGCUACUGUUGAGACCCUCCAUCACGCUCUGUCUAUGACACAACUCCCACUGUUAGUCAUCCAGGAGACAAACCUGGCCUAUCUACUCAAACCUGGAAACCACAUACUCAGGGUGAACACUGGCCUGGAGGGGGAUUGGUGCAGCCUUAAUCCAGUUGGGGGACCCUGCCAAACAACCACAACAGGACUUAAAUGGAACCUGAAUAACCAGGUUCUGCAGUUCGGGAAGCUGGUGAGCACCUCCAACACCUACGAGUCGACUUCCCCCGGACAACCCAGAAAGUGCGUGACAGUCAGCACAGAUCAGCCUCUGCUUUGGAGCAUGGGCAUCCUCCGAGGACUGCAAUGAACCAUGCAUCCAUUUUCUACAGCACUUGUCCUCGAUUAGGGUUGCAGAUGAACUGAAGCCUAUCCCAGCUGACGUUGAACGAGAGGCGGGGUACACCCUUGACUGAUUGCCAGCCAAUAACAGGACCGCAAUGUUGGGGAACAGUAACAUCAAUACCUUCAUUUUAUGCCCAUCUUUUUUUUUUUGAGAGAGAGAGAGAUUUUGUGACGAAGUAAAAGAGUGUCUUUUUUAAUUCAUGUCUGGUUGUUGUUUUUAGUUGUGUUAUUCUUGAGCUGACCAACUUUGUGGAAACUCCAGACAAGAGAGCCUGACCUGAGAUUUUAGCCCUAAACCUCACAACUGUGAUGCAGAUGUGGUAACCACUACCCCAAUGUGCUGCCUGAACAAAUGAUAUUAAUUAAACACAAUCGCCUCAGAA